AUGCUGAUAAGUGAUUUUUUGGUUGCAGCAAAACCUACAAAAUAAAACAAAAAAGACAUUUAAGCAACUGAAUAAUAGACUAAAUAGAAAAAGAAACUCAAAUUAACAAAUAAUGUGUUUGAACCUAUCAUUCAUAGUUUAAAGGAUUUUAAAUUUGAUGAUGAAAAGGAUGAACAAUAAUAAAUUGAAUAAAUUGAUAAAUUAAGCAAUGCAAUUUAAUUAUAACCUAUGCUAAAUAUAAUUAGAUUAAACACUCCAAAAACCACGACUUCACUCAAAAAAUUGAUUGUACAACAAGAAGAAGAUUAAUUGACCAGACAUCUCAAAUUUAGAUAAGAAGAUGUGAGUUAUUUAUUUACACUCUUACUUAAUGAAACUAAAUCUUAAAUGAAAGAAUUGAAAGAUGAUUAUUAAAGCGAAAAUGAAUAUUUGUAAUAUUUUUUACCUCCAUUUAUUAAUGAAACUCUAGCCUAUGUUAAAAGUACAGCUGAAGAUAUGGCUAAAAAAUAUAAAAAUCCUGCAUUACCAUUGCCCUUAAGAUAUUAAUUGAUGAUUGAUAGAAAAAACACUAUUCUUGGCAAAUAUUUAGUAUUAGAAGCAGUAGAGGGUGAUUUUGAUUAAGCUGAUAAAUAUACAUGGAAAAAAACAUGCAUUAGUGAAUACUUUGAAUUUAUAGCUGCAAAAAGUUAUAUCAUUUAGAUAUUCAUUAGAAAUGAAAGAGAAUAUGUAAAUUUGUUAGGUAUCAUCUCUAAACAAGAAUCAAAUAGAGAUAAAAAUCUAAUUUAUUUGCCAUGGAAUUCAAGAGUCAUAAACUCUCUUAAAAUUCCCAAUAUUGUGAUAGAAUAAGGAGAUUUAAGAAAAAAUUUAUAUUAAUUAAGAUAAUCCUAUGUUCCUUUAACAUACCCAAAUUUUGAUGAAUUAUACCCUUAUUAAUUUUUAGUACAUCUAAAUCCAAUUUUCUCUCCUGCAACAUAUCUUAUUGAACUUAAAGCUCUUUUAAAUAUUGGGAAAUCAAAAUACAUAAAUUGUUUAUUGUAACCACAAAAUUACAUUGAACCUCGUCCAUUGAUGAAAUCAGCUUAUGAGUUUGGAAUACCUCUAUUAUAAAUAACUGAAGAAUAUUUAAAGAAUAAUCAAAAGUUUAAUCAAUCAUAAAUGGAUGCCAUUAGACAUUCAACCAAUUAUACACAUCCAUUCACAUUAAUUAAUGGACCUCCUGGAACAGGUAAGACAUAUACAUCUAUGGGAAUAAUGAAUAUUGUUAUGUAAAGGAUGAAUCAAUUGAAAGAAGAUAGUAUUAUUUUAGCCUGUGGUCAUUCUAAUACAGUUAUUAAUGAUUGGGUCAGAAAAAUCAAUAAGGAAUUUUCUAAAGCUAAAGUUAUGAGAAUUGGAGUGGCUGAAAAGUCAGAUCCUGAUAUUUAUGAUUAUUGUCUUGAAAUCAAAACUUAAAGAUAAUUCUUUAUGAAAUUCACUCCAGAAUAUGAGAAAAAAUCUAUUUGUGAAUUAAUCAAACCAAAUAAAUAAAAGUUUGAUUAAUUGACAUUGAUUCAUAUCAAAUAAAAAAUAUAAUAAUUGAAUGAAAAAAUUUAUAAUUUGAAAGAUUUUUAUGAUGAUUUGGAUCCUUAAUAACAAUAUUCUGUAGACACAGAUUUGUAUCGACUAGAAUCAUAGAAAAAAGAUUUACGAAGAUUCUACUCCACUCUAGUGUAAAUUCUAGGAUAAAACAAAGAAAUUUAUAAAUAGAUGAUGUUAAACAAUCUCUAAGGUAUUUAAAUAGUAGUAUCAACUUUAACAAGUUGUGCCUCUUCCCUUUUAGAAUAAUACAUGGAAGAUAAAUAUGUCUCAUUAUGUAUUAUUGAUGAAGCUCCUAUGUGUUUUGAACCUUCCACACUUAUUCCACUCUCUAAACAUAAAAUUUACAAAUUAGUUCUUAUUGGAGAUCAUCGAUAACUUGGCCCAGUCAUUUAUGAUAACACAAAUGCCUUUGAAUAUAAUUAUAAUAGAAGUCUUUAUGAAAGGCUUCUACAAACAACUUAACAAUAUAUUAUGCUUAAUAUACAGUAUCGAUCUAUGCAAAAUCUAAGUACUAUUACAUCUCAUUUUUUCUAUGAAGGACAAGUGUAGGAUUCAGAAUCAGUUAGCAAAAUGCAAUUUCCUGAAUAUCUAAUCAACAAAUUGAAUAAUUCAAAUAAUUUUUUAUUUUUCGACGUUCAUGAUGGAACUUAAUUUAAUAGCAAUAAUUCAUUAUCCAAUGAAUAUGAGGCUUUUGGAGUUUUUUAUUUAGUAUGCUAUUUAUUAUAGGAUUAUAACCAGUAAAAUGAAAAGCCAAUUUCCAUAAUAACUCCUUACAGAGCCUAGGUCAAAUUAAUAAAAAAAUACCUUUUUAAAUUCAACCCUUAGCUUUUGGAUUAUGUAGAAAUUGAUACUAUUGAUGCUUUUCAAGGAAAAGAAAAUGAUAUCAUGAUUAUUUCACUUGUUAGAAGUGAAGGACUUGGAUUCUUAACAGACUAUAGAAGAGCUAACGUUGCUACAUCAAGAGCAUAAUAUGGAUAAUUUAUAUUUGGGAAUUCAAAAGCUUUAUUAAAUGAAUAAAGAUUAUGGAGUCCCUUAUAUUAAUAUCUAUAUUAAAGAAGACUAAUUAAAAAUUUUGGCGAUGAAGAAGCCCAUGAUCCAAAUUUUUUCCAGAAAAUUUUAAGAUUAUGA